GAAAAUUACAGCAUCAACAAAUUUUAAUAUAAAGCUAUUUUAAGGUUCCAUGAAAGAAAAAGACUUUUCUAAUCAAAAUUCAUUUUUCUUCUUCUCUCUCUUUUUAUUAGAAAGAACAAAGAAAACCCAUUGUGUAUCUUUGAUCUCUAAAUCUUGUUGUUUGGUGUUUUUUUUCUUCUCUCCUUUUAUAUUAUCUGAUCUUUAUAGAGAAAUAUUGUCUGUUACAAGAUAAAAAGGAAGAAAUCUUAGAUGUGAUUUUGUUGGAAAUUCUUUUGUCUUUUGAAUGAUAGAUCAAAUUCAAUAAAGGGCAUGGGAGAAGAAGGACUGCUGAUGGCAAAUCCUGACAACCAGAUUUAGAUUCAAGAUAGACUUGUUCAUGCACAGCACAGCACAGCAAAUUUUCUAGCCCCAUACCCAUUUUGUUUUACUUCUUGAACAAGAGGAUCUGUGGAUGUUGAUGGUGUCUCCGUAUUAUUAUUAUUAUUCAUAUAUAAAUCAAGAAAUUUCUUGUGUAUUAGUUGAAUUUGAUAAGAAGAAAGGGUGUUUGUGUUUGGGUGAACAAGAGUUUGAUCUUAUUGAGUUUGUAUCGGAUCUGGUUUUAAUGAACAUUUCUAUUGUUGGAUGGUUUGGAUAGAAAGGGAAAUGUGAGGUAUGCUAUCAUCUGGAUUCAUGAAAAUAGUUUACCCUUGUUGGAAGCCUUCUGUUGAAGGUGAUGAUAAUAAUAAUGGUAGUAGAAAAAGUAGAGACGAAAGCGGCCGGAGCGAAGGAUUAUUAUGGUAUAAAGAUUUAGGCCAUCACGUUAAUGGUGAAUUUUCAAUGGCGGUUGUUCAAGCCAACAAUUUGUUAGAGGAUGCGAGUCAACUUGAAUCGGGACCUUUGAGUUUAUAUGAUUCGGGACCUAAAGGGACAUUUGUUGGGAUCUAUGAUGGUCAUGGAGGUCCGGAGACUUCUCGGUUCGUAAAUGAUCAUUUAUUCAACAAUCUCAAGAGAUUUACGGCAGAGCAUCAAGGGAUGACAGUAGAUGCUAUCAAUAAAGCAUAUGCAGCUACUGAAGAGGAUUUCCUAUGUCUAGUGAGGGAGCAAUGGUGCAAUAAACCACAACUUGCGUCAGUUGGAACGUGUUGUUUGGUGGGCAUGAUAUGUAAUGGAACACUAUAUAUUGCAAAUGCCGGAGAUUCUCGGGUAGUUUUAGGGAGAUCGGAGAGAGCCCUUAGAGAGGUUAGAGCUAUUCAAGUGUCAGAAGAGCACAAUGCAAGUAUAGAGUCUGUGAGGGAGGAAUUGCGUUCAAUGCAUCCCGAUGAUUCACAGAUUGUGGUUUUAAAACAUAAAGUUUGGCGUGUGAAGGGUAUAAUACAGAUUUCUAGGUCAAUCGGAGAUGCCUAUUUAAAGAGAUCAGAAUUUAAUAGAGAGCCUCUACUAGCGAAGUUCAGAUUGCCUGAACCCUUCCACAAGCCCAUCCUUAGUGCUAAACCAGCCAUAUAUGUGGAGAAAAUCUACCCGCAAGAUGAAUUUCUUAUAUUUGCAUCUGAUGGUCUUUGGGAACACCUUAGCAAUCAAGAGGCUGUUGACCUCGUUCAUCGUUCACCACGUAAUGGAAUUGCAAGAAGACUUAUUAAAACUGCUCUUCGAGAAGCAGCAAAAAAGAGAGAAAUGAGAUACUCGGACUUGAAAAAGAUUGACAGAGGAGUAAGGCGACAUUUCCACGACGAUAUCACGGUUAUAGUUUUGUUCAUAGACCAUCAACUGAUCAGUAAGAACUCUUGGAAUGCUACCACGGUUUCUAUUAGAGGAGCAGGUGGAACCCCUACGGACGGCAACUCCUAAUACGGCAUGGGUCUAGAUUCUCCAUCUCUUCAUAAUCUUUCUCCCCCAUUUUACCAUUUGUAUUAAAAAUGAAACGGCAAAUUCUUUAUUCAUACUAACUUAGGCUUCCCGGUAAUGUUUCUUCAUUGAAGGCUCUCUAAACUAGAGACAGUAGUAGAGCUGGGAGAUUUAAACUGGGAGAUGCUUUAGGAAGAAAAUCUUUCCUUGUAAAAAUUGCCUACUAAGUGGCAAAUGAAACUUAAAAACUGCUCAUUUUUAAACCAAUUUGAUCUUCCUUCUGCGCCU